AUGGCUAAUUGGAGGAGUUUUGGCGAUCGACUACUGUAUUGCCACCGGUCUACGCUAAAAAAAUGGUGCAAUUGUCCCUAUCCAGUAAGAUUUCACAACUCCAGCACCACCCGUGGCGGUGGUGAUUUGCUACUUGGAGACAUAAAAAAAGUUGCAACCUUUCCGCAGAUUCCCGGGAGUUCUUCUUUUUCUCCUCCACCUGUAAGUUCUCCUCGAUUACUAUCUUCGUCGCCAUUGCUUUUGCUACCUCCCGGAGUGGUUGUUGUUGAUGAUAACAGAAGUUCAGUAAACAGGAACAGCCGCAGCAAUGACGACUAUUUUCAUUUUUUCAGCCUUUUGGAACAGAGUCAAUUUAGGAUUCCGAAGAAUCUUAGUUGUAUACGAUGGCAGAGGGACCUCCUUACGCCGCAGAACGUCUCGCUAUGUGGUGGCUCUUCUGAUGGAUGGUUGGCUUUCACCGACAAACGCAAUGGCCACCCUUAUCUAUACAACCCAUUAAUGGAGUCUCCAGAUUUCCCCUACAUUCCCCUCCCUUCCCUCAAAAACGUCGACUUCUAUUCCGAUGUUCGCAAACCCCCCUUCUCCCCUUCUCCUAACCCUCUUCUCCUCACACAGUUCAUCAUCGAAGACCGGAGUUAUUUUUACCUACGAAAGCUUGUUAUGUCAUCAGCACCAUCAUUCCCCUGUUAUUCAUCAUCAUCAUCAUCUCCUCUCGGAAAUGAUUGCACUAUAAUGGCCACCCACAGCGCAACUAGUGGGAUUGUCUUCUGCAAACCCGGGGACGAUAGGUGGACUAAGUUGAAGGAUUCGCUCUUUGAUUUUAGGGACAUAAUAUAUUUCAGCAAGGACGAGCGAUUUUAUGCCUUGGAUUUCUCUCAUCAUAGCAUGGAAGCUUGGGACCUCAGAGACCCUUCUUGUCCCAAAAAUCAAGUGUUUGAUCGUCCUUCCUUUUGUCCUGGGAAACUUGAGCACAAAUUUUUGGAUCGUUGUAAUUUUAAUUGGACCAACCAUUUAGUUGAAUCCUCUGGGGAUCUUUUGCUGCUUAAAAGGUUUAGAGCUCCAAGUGUUGUUGAUCAAUCUGGCUUUGCACAUCCUCAGAGGUUGGAAGAGAAAGUAAUGGAGAAUAACAAUAUUCAUGAUGAGGAAUGGGAAAAUCAUUCCCUUCACAACCGUGAUGCCACUCUGGGAUUUGAUGUUCAUAAGUUUGAUUUCGAUCACAAUAAGUGGGAACAUGUGGAAUGCUUAGGGGACCAGGCAUUGUUUGUAGGAUUGAAUACUUCUUUCUCUAUCUCAACUUGCGAUUAUCCGCAGUUGAUGGGGAAUUCUAUCUACUUCACGGAUGAUCUUCAUGGCCAUGAUAAUGGAGUCUUUCACCUAGAAGAUGGCUGCAUAAAACCUUGUUAUCCAAAGCAGAUUGAAGAUCAUUAA